AUGGUGACAAGUCUUGGACUUCUUUGCAGGCUACUGUGCUAUCUUGGCCCACUGGUCUUGCUUCUUUCUACUUCGGUCUCUGGUGAUGUUGUUGGGGACUUGCAGACGAAAGGCAGAACUCAGAUAAACGCUCAGCUAGCAAAGUCAACAACAUGUAGCGCAUCGAAGUUGAUGGUCCGUAAAGAGUGGGGUGAUGUCUCAGUUGCAGACCGAAAAGCAUAUAUCAAAGCUGUCUUAUGCUUGAUGAGUAGUCCAUCAAAACUUCCAGCUGGAAAAUUUCCUGGGGCCACCAACCGCUAUGAGGACUUCGUCGUUGUUCAUAUGCAGCAAACUCUGAACAUUCACGGCACCGUCUGUUGGUCCCCAGCUCACAAUCAAUCUGCUUGCUGA